CCAAUGGCUCUCCUCUUCACCUAGCCCUGGUUCUUUGAUUUUCUUUCUCUCUCCUCCCUCUCUCCUUCCUUCUCUUCUCCACUCCUAGAACCUAGAUCGGGUUCUUGCAAACCUAGAUCUAGAACAUUAGACAUUCCAUGGUUCAAUUAGAUGAGGAAGAAGGCAUGAAUGAAAGGCUUAGCAACGGAGAGAAAGAGAGAGGCAAGGGUGAGAGGAUGCCAAGAUCUAUUGAGGAUAGAGAUUGGUAGUGGAUUUUAUGGAAAGGAAAACAACUAGACUGGAGAGGAAAGGCUUGAGCCAACGAGGGAGAUCAAGGGGCAACAAGAGAACUGACAUCAGAGAAGGAAGACAUAGCCGACAAUGGAGAAUGGAGAGAGAAGGGGAAGCUCAGCAUCUUCGACAUCUACUUCAAGACCCCCAUUGUUCAUGGAAUGGAUCUCGUCACUCCGCGCUUCAGGUCCCCUG